UAGGACUCGACCAAGCAAUCAGCGGUCGCUGGAGAGAAGCCGUAGAGCCUUUCCGGCAUAAACUACGGGUGGUUGUGGUGGGAUAUGAAGACGUCUUCCUUGUAACGACUCAGAGGAGUAGUAGUAGUGCACUUGGAACGGUUCCGUUAUUCGUUGAGCGCAGACGGACACAUUGGUUCUGUGAGACCUAUUGUGCAGGACACAAAACCUGGGGAAACCUGCCAGCCUGAGGGUGGAUAGCUAAUUAACUGUGUUAGCUACCACCACCAGCCACUGGCUGUUAGCCGAUGGUGUUCAACCUCUGUACCUGGUUACACAAGUCAGAAUCAGACUGUUGUCCACAUCUGGGGUGAAUCAGAAUGGCCCAGGGGAUACCAAACGAGGUGAUGGUGAACACUGCACUGACAAAAGAAUUGGCGGAUGUGGCAAAAGAUGCAGCGCUUCUGCAGGGUGUCCUAAUGAGGAUCCAAGAGACUCCCAACUCAUCGGAGGUCGUGACCUACGCCCCAUUUACACUCUUUCCCACACCUGUGCCUAAAGCUGCGUUCCUCCAGGCUCUGGCAGUGCAAACUCACUUUAACGCACUGGUGGACAAGAUCAGCCAGGAUCCAGACUUUCUGCGAGACGCACUUGCUAGCACCAUUGCAGUGGAUGAUUUCACUGCGAGGUUGUACAGGAUCCACCAACAGAUCCUGAAAGAAGGAAGGUCUCAGUCUAUUAUGUUGGGUCUCAAUCGGUCUGACUACAUGCUGGACCAGAAAGAGGACGGGACAUCAUCUCUGAAGCAGAUAGAGAUCAACACCUUUGCUGCUAGUUUUGGAGGUUUAUCAUCACGCUCACCCGAUGUACAUCGACACAUCCUCAAAGUUGCUGGCCUGCUGGAGGAGAGCCAGCGCAUCCUAGACAACAACCCUACCGCUGGUCUGGCUGGGGCAGUUGCCAAAGCUUGGGAGCUCUAUGGAUCAGAGAGAGCGGUUGUCAUGUUCUUAGUGGAAGAGAGCCAAAGGAACAUCUUUGAUCAGCGGUACAUUGAGAAUGAACUUUGGAAGAGAGACAUUCCCUCAAUAAGAAAGCAGUUUGACGAUGUUUGUAAAACAGGAUCCCUUGAUCAGGACAAGAGGCUGUUCGUUGAUGGCCUAGAGGUUGCAGUGGUGUACUUCAGGAAUGGCUACAUGCCUCAGAACUACGUCUCUGAACAGACCUGGGAUGCCCGUCUUCUGAUGGAGCGCUCUCUGGCUGUGAAAUGUCCAGACAUUGCCACUCACCUGGCUGGAACCAAGAAGGUCCAGCAGGUGCUCGCAAGACCUGGAGUUCUGGAGAAAUUCUUCCCCGACCAGCCUCAGGUAGUGGAGCAGAUCAGAGCAACGUUCGCUGGCCUCUACACUUUAGACAUGGGCCCAGAGGGUGACAAAACGGUAGCAAUGGCUUUGGCAGCACCAGACCAGUUUGUCCUGAAACCUCAGCGAGAAGGAGGAGGUAACAACAUCUAUGGAUCGCAGAUCUGCCAGGUCCUGGAGGAAUUGAAGGAGAGUACAGAGAGGAUGGCCUAUAUUCUGAUGGAUAAAAUCCAUCCCAACCCUGCACAGAACUACUUGCUGAGACGAGACACUCCCCUCCAGAUCAGUAACUGUCUCAGUGAACUGGGAGUGUUUGGAGCAUAUGUCAGGAAAGGUAAAGACAUGGUGAUGAAUGAGUGUGUGGGCCAUCUGCUAAGGACCAAGAGUUCAGAACAGUCAGACGGAGGUGUAGCAGCUGGAGUGGCCGUGCUGGACAAUCCUCUCCUUGUCUGAGAAUUUACGAUGAUACUUGAUAAAAUAAAUAAAUAAUAAUUUUUAAAAAAUGCA